GUACUACUACGCGGUGGUGGAGUGUGACAGCGCGGCCACGGCGGCACACGUGUAUGGGGAGUGUGACGGCAUGGAGUUUGAGAACAGUGCCAACCAGCUCGACCUGCGCUUCAUCCCCGACGCCAUGGCCUUCAACCACCGACAGCCCCGCGACUCCUGCACCCAGGUGCCAGGGGACUACGAGGCACCGGUGUUCACCACGCGGGUGCUGCAGCACAGCACCGUGAAGCUCACGUGGGACGAGGACGACCCCACCCGCGUGCGAGCGCUGCGCCGCAAGUUCGCCUCCGACCAGGAGAUGCAUCUGCCUUCACCACUCCCUCUCCCCUCUUGCUUCCCCCCUUUUUAUUCCCCUGAACACCCUUUCCUCCGUUCUCCCUUGUUGUUUUGCUCCUCCUGUUUUCAACCCCCCCUCCCCCCCUUUCUCCUGCGGGCUGGGCAUGUCCUCACGUGUCCUGUGCGAUGCUCUCUGCAGGUGGCGGAUCUGGACUUCCACGACUACCUCGCCUCGUCCUCGGGCGAGGACGAGGAGGAGGAGGGGGAAGAGGAUGAAGAGGAGAAAGAGGAGGAGCAGGACGAGGAGGAAGAGAGAAAGGAGAAUGGUGGCAGGAAGGAGGAGGGGAAGAAGAAGGGCGGAGGCACAAGAGAGAAGCUGAGGAUGCUGUUGAAGGGGCUGGCGGGGGAUGGCGGAGGCAAGGGGAAGAAGGGGAAGGGGAGACCGGGAGAGGCAGAGGGGGAGGAGUCGGAUGGGGAGGGGUGGGGGUCAUCAGGGGUGGAGGGCGACAUGGAGGUCACGUUCAGCACGGGGCUGGCGGCGCUGGGCGACAAGCUGGCGCGGCGCCGCAGCGAGCAGCAGCGCAGUGGCAGCGAGACGGUGUUUGAGGCGUACCAGCGCCAGCGCAAGGAGCGCCGCAAGGAGCGCCGCCGCCUGGCCGAGGCGAGCAAGGCGGCAGGAGGGGGCGCAGGGGGGAGUGCGGAGGAGGAGGCAGGAAGCGACGACGAUUUGUACGACAGCAGGCGCGUGCAGCAGGAGGACGACCCGUUCUUUGCCCUGCCCGCAGAUGAGGACCCCUUUGCUGAUCCCUUCUUUGCCUCCACUCAUGCCGGUGCUGCUGCGGGCAACGGAGGGGCUGGAGGGGUGAAGGGAGUGAAAGCAGGGAAGAGUGAGUAUGAGAGGAAGGCGGAAGAGCGCGAGAGGAAGAGGGCGGAGCGGGAGCAAGAGAGGGCAGAGGAGGAGAGGCGGCGGGCGGAGCUGGAGCUGCUGCUGAUGGAGGGGGGCGAGGGCGGGGCGGUGAAGGGGUUCAACCUCACGGCGCACGCACGCACGGCCAACCAGCAGCGCCGCGUGCAGGGCAGAGGGGCCAGGGGGGCGCAUGGCGCAGCGGGGGAGGAGGAGGCUGACGGGGAGGGAGGAAGAGCACGGUCGGUGGGUGGUGGGGGCAAGGUGGGGAGGGGCGGAAGGAAGGGGAGGAGUGUGGAGCAGGCGGGGCAGGAGGCGGGGCGGGGUGUGGACGUGGACGUGAAUGACCCACGCUUCGCUGCUCUCUUCACCUCUCCGCACUUCGCCAUCGACCCCACCGACCCCCGCUUCCUCAAGUCGUCAGCCCCGCAGCGCCUGAUAGCGGAGAAGCAGCGCCGCCGCGUGCCAAGUGGCGCAGCGGGCGGGGGAGCAGCGGGUGGUGGCGGGAGUGGCAGCAGUGGCAGGGGUUCCGCCAGCCAUGCGCGGGGGGUUCCAGGGGGGCUGGCAGGUGGGCGGGGGGCUGGGGAUGGGGAGGAGGGGAAGGGUGCGGGUAGUGGCAGGGCGGAGCUGAGUGUGGUUGUGAAGAGCCUCAAGCGCAAGAUGGGGCAGAGCACACACAAGGCAGGGCCGGGAACAGGGAAGGCAGCGCCAGGGACAGGCAAGGCGGAGGGCCUGAAGAGGCAAAAGAAAUGA